AUGAGUUGUGCAGCAUACUCAUUGUUCAAACACGCAGUGCACACUCAAGCGCACGCUCAUUUCUUCUCUACUUUUUUUUCUCGUUCAAGUGUGAUCGUGUGUGUGGCUGAAAGUCGUGUCCGGGAGAAGUUUCGACAGCGUGCGUCAAGGCUUGUGGCGCAUUGGACGGCUUUGGUGUUGGAUGAGCGGAAGGAGAAGAAGAAGGAGGAGGAGGAGGAGGGAGAUCAUACAUUAACUCCUGCUGGCUGCGGGGACUCUCCAGCUGAUAGAAGCCACGCACGAGGAUGCACCCAGUGCACCACUGGCUGUUUUUGUUUUGGGGAACAAACAAGAAAUGAAAACAGACGAAAAUUGACUUAA